AUGUGGGUUACUGCCAUGAGGGUUACAAAGAGGCCUGUGGUGGAAUACUGGGAGUGCAGGACGGAACGGCUCAGACAGAUCUGUGACUCGGUGGAGCUUAAUGAAGCUGCUGCCACCCUGCAUGACGCCACCGGAGUUGAACACAUAGAACUGGAGCUGGUCUCCAUCACUGACUGGGAUUUGCUUUUGGCUUGGAAAGACCCUGCGGGUCGGGGGCUGCAGAGGCCUUCUUGUGGGAUUCUACUUACUGAGCUCAUAUUUUUUAUAAUUCAACAACUUCUAUCCCUGCUGCAGGCAGCGCAGGUUUAACCAGGGCUGGGCAUCCUGAAAGAUUAAAACCAGAGGAAUCAGGAUUCACUCUGUGGACUCAGAGGUCAUCCCAAAGGCUAUCUGUGAGGCCAUGUACCAGGCAGCCGUCUCCAAGCAAGCAGACAACACCAUCUCCAGCGGGGUCAUGGAGGAGUCAGAGGUCUGUUCCCUGCCUGGGGGAUUUGCAAGUGUGAGGAAACAAUUUGAGACCCAGGCAACUGCAACAUCCCUCAAUGUUACCCAGUUUCAGUUUCAUCAUAGAGCUGUGCAGGAGACAUCCAACUCAGAAGUGACAGUGUCGAGCAGCAGCAGGCAGGUCAUUCCAGGCAGUCAGCAGCUAGAUUUCGAAGAAACUAUGGUGUCGUACGGUGACAGCCAUCUUGAAACCAGUUAUGAAAACCAUCAAAAUGAAACGGAAGAAGAAGAGUUUCCAAGGUUCACUACAAAAGAGUUGAGGGAUCACUUUGAAAGAACAAUAGAAGAGGCUGCUUCACACAAGCCCAUUAAGAUUGGACGUGACAUCAAUCGAUCUAAGUGGUCCUCAAAUGUGACUCAAAACACCACACUGACUAGCCAGAUGAAUGAUGCAUCCGCUCCGGAGGCCACACAAGGCACGGUUGCCACAGUGAUGGAUGAGGAGGAGUUUCCACCCCCACCGGUUGAAGAUUCUGACUAUCUUCCACCCCCUCCACCAGACUUGCUACAAAUGCCAUUAGACAGGGAAGAUAUUCAAGAGAACUAUUACUCACAUGAGCCUCCUGAGCUAGUGAACCCGCCCAAACACACACUCAACAAGGAGGCUUAUUUCAAGCAAAAGAGUAUGUCUGAGCUCAAACGUCUUUACAAGCACAUUCAUCCUGAGGUCCGUAAGAAUAUUGAAAAAGAGUUUUAUACUGACUAUAAUGACAUUGAGAACAUCCAGAAUGAGAGCCAAACGUACGCGUUUGAAGAGGAUGGCGGCAGUCCCGAUGAUUUCAAUGAAGAGGAAUAUGGGGAAUGGGAGGAGAUUCUCCCCGGGGAGGUGCAAGCAAUGCGCUGGAUGUUUGAAAACAAACCACUGGACACCAUUAAAGAUGAGAUUCGUGAUGAAGACGAGGACAACAAGAAAAUAACCCAACAGGAGAUUAUAAUGGGGAAAGAUGUAAGGCGCACAGCGUGGAUGUUUGAAACGAAGCCGAUAGAUGAGUUGAGCUCACUGAGCACCAAAUCCACAGAAUUUAAGAAUAAAUCCUACAAAUUUGACAAGGGUGAUGUUCGCGCAGCGGCAUGGUUGUUUGAAACCCAGACUAUGGACUCUUUAAACAAAAUGCAUAAGGAGGAGGAUUUAACUAAAGAGAUUGUAUUCACCGAAGAGGAUGGGAAUGCUACCAUUUACAUGAUUGACAAUAGGUUCAUGGAAGGCCUGGGCCACACUGAGACUAUUGAUGAGAGCCAUCUGCUGAGCUUACGGUCAGUGCUGGAGGAAAUCAACGGAGAAGUAAAAACUGUAACGAGUACUUUUGACACUCAGUUUAAAUGUAUCAUCAUGGGACAAUCAAGCCAGAUGCUAGAGGUCACGUCCGUGCGUAAAAUUGAAACCGAGCUGGAGAACUCCAUUGCUUCAAGGUGGCUUUUCGAUACCCAACCUCUGGACAUGACGAACGGAGACCCGGCACCUCUGAAAAUUGUGUGUAGCCUCUCCAUGGAGGACAGCAGUAAAGGAAACUGGGGCAGGUGGUUGUUUGAGAUAAAGACAUUACAUUCUCUCAAUGAGUGGGAAAGUUCACAAAUGGAGACGAAAGAGAUCAUCGGUGCUGAUGUCCGCAAACACUGCUUAGUCUUUGAAACACAGCCAAUGGAUUCUCUAAAGGACGAUUCCAAUGCCAAAUCUCAGUCUAUUGAAGAAAUUAUCGGGGGCAAUGUUAAAUCUGCAAGAAACUUUUUUGAAAGCAGCCCUCAAACAGCCAGAAAGAAUGGCCUUGAGGUCGGAAAACUCAAGAUGCCAACAGUCGAUGAAGAAAUAAAAGGAGAUGUGAGGCACCAGAAGUGGCGUUUUGAGAGUCAGGCUCUGGAGCACAUAAGAGAGGACAAGAAAGAGGUUACCCGGACUGUAAAUGUUGAAGAGGACCUCACACAGGAGGAUGGCACGAGCUGCAGGGCAGACGUUCGCAGGAACUGCUGGGUGUUUGAAACACAGCCAAUGGAUACUUUAAAAGAUGAUUCAAACGCCCGGCCUUUGACAAGAGAGGAGGUUAUUGCAGGCAAUGUGAGAUCAGCCAGGCAUUAUUUUGAAAUGAGUCCAAGUGAUGAGCUGAAAGAGUUGGCAGAGGUGGGCAAACUGAAAAAAACAACAGCACUUAAUGAGGAGAAGGGUGAUGUGAGACAUCAGAAAUGGCGAUUUGAAAGCCAACCUCUGGAGCAAAUCAGAGAGGAAAAGAAAGACGUUAUUCGAACAAUCGACUUGGAAGAAAUUGAUAAAGUGGAUGUGUCUAACUACAAGCACAUUUUUGAGAGUACAGAUUUGAAUAGGAGAAAUGAAGAAAAAACAGUUCAAAUCGACGGCGUAACGUCUGGCUCCGUCAAAUCAAACAAGAACCUGUUUGAGUCGUCCGCAUUGUACGCCAUGCAGGACAGCUCAGGGCACUUCCACGAGGUGAAAACAGUCCGCCGGGAGGAGGUGGUGAAAGGUGAUGUCACAAGCUGCAAAUGGAUGUUUGAAACACGUCCAAUUGAUCAGUUUGAUGAGAGCAUUGAAAAAUACCAAAUCAUUAAAGGCAUAUCCAAACAAGAAAUCGAGUCUGGUGAUGUAAAAACCGCAAAGUGGUUGUUCGAAACGCAGCCUCUUGAUGCUAUCAAGUACUUCAGCAAUAUCGAGGAUGAAGAAACUGUGGCAGUAAGUUCAAAUGUCGAUGUGGUGAAGGGGGAUGUGAAAACCUGUAAGUGGCUGUUUGAAACUAAACCAAUGGACAUCUUGUAUGAAAGAGUGGAGUCAGAAGGUGAAAAUGAAUCUGAGGAAAUGCGUAAGGGAGAUGUCAAAACCUGCACAUGGCUCUUUGAAACACAAGCACUUGACGCCAUCCGUGAUGAUACAGAGACAAUUUUGAAAACAAACACGGUACAGCAAGACGACAUUACGGGAAAGGAUGUGAGAAUGGCUUGUUUUCUCUUUGAAACCGAGAAACUGGAGAAUCUCACCGGGGAGGAGACAGGCUCAUAUAAACGUGUCACAGAGAUAGACAUUGCAUCCGGAGAUGUGUCGAGGAUGAAGUAUAUUUUUGAAAACCAAACAUCAGAUAUCAUGACAUCUACAUCUGAGGAGGUGAUGCAAAAGCUCAAGAGAGUCCAGACGGAGGAAAUGCAAAGAGGAAAUGUUGUUAACUGCAAAUGGAUGUUUGAAAACCAAUCAAUAGAUACCAUACACGACAGCCAAGAAGAAUAUGUGAGCAGCCGCACAGUGAGCGAUGUACAAGGAGGCAAUGUAAACAAAGGUCGUUUAAUUUUUGAGACUUGCUCUUUAGAUACAAUCCGGGAUGAUUCCUCAGAGACUGAGCUGAUGAAAUCACAAAAAAUUGUCCGUGAUGAGGAUGAGAAGGGUGAUGUAAGAAACUACACCAUGAUGUUUGAAACUCAGCCACUUUAUGCCAUUCAGGACAAAGAGGGCCAUUACCACGAGGUCACCACUGUCACCAGUGAAGAGAUUAAACAGGGGAAUGUCAUUGGAACCCGCUGGUUGUUUGAAACCAAGCCACUUGAUGCUAUUAAGGACACCGAUGAGGUUUAUAUAAUUAAAUCAGUCACACAACAAGAUAUGCAGAAAGGAGACGUUACAUCUGCCAAGUGGAAAUUUGAGACUCAACCUCUUGAUAUGAUCGCUGAAGAAAAUAAGGUAUUAAUAAAAACUGUGGAUGACAUUCAAGGGGGCAAUGUGAGUGUGAAUAAGCACCGUUUUGAGACCGACAGCUUGUCUCAGGGAUCAGUAAGGACAGUGAAUGUAAGUGAAAUACAAAAAGGUGAUGUCAGGACUGCAAAGUGGAGAUUUGAAACACAAUCCAUUGACAAAAUAAGAAGCAUGAGCUCUGAGAAUCUUAUAGAAACCGUUAAAAAGGAAGAGGUCGCAAAGGGAGAUGUUAGAAAUUCAGUUUGGCUUUUUGAGAAAAAUCCUCUUGACCACAUUAAAGAGGCAGAUGAAGAAGUGGACACAACAGUAACACCAGAGGAGAUUCCCACAGCAGAUGUGAAGACAAAAACGUGGCUCUUUGAAACCACACCAUUUGACGACUUCAGUGAGACAAAAAUAGAAAAGACUGAAAUACUGGGUAAAAGUGUAAAGGGAACCCUGGAAGAACUUUACAGUCAGAAAAUGGUGAGGUCAAAGGGUGUACUAAUUGAAGCUGAUGAAAUUGGUGACAUAAGGAUGGCAAAAUACCAGCUGAUGAAUAAGCAAGCUCCAGAGAUUCAACGAGAGGAAGUCAUCAGAGGAGAUUUACAGACUAUCAUGAUGAACCUGCUGAACAGACAGGAAACAAAUGAGCAGCAGAUAGUCAUAGACUCAGAAGAAAAGGGUAACAUCAGUUCCACAGUGCAACAACUAUUCAGUCAAGAGAGCGCCAGCAACAUUGAAAAGGAGGAAAUAUUGCGUGGUGACAUCCAAGAAGCCAUAAACAACCUCUUCAAUGAGAACGGGGACGCGAAACAUGGAAUACUCAUCCAGGAAGAUGAAAAAGGAGAUGUGCAGAUGACAAUGUAUUCCCUACUUCAUAAACAUGACAAUGUUAAUGUGGAAAAAGAGGACAUUGUAAAAGGGGACAUAAAGAGUGCUCUGGAAAGGCUGUCAAGCCCGGACAAUCUAGAUCAGACAGUGAAAAUAAAGAUAGAUGAGACUGAGAAAGGAAAUGUCAACUUUUACUCUACAUGCAUUGAAAGUGGGGCUCUCGAUUACCUCAAACAGCUCCAUUUAGGACCAGAUGAAACUCCUUCCGACAGAGUGCAAAAAGAGGAGAUUAUUGGUGGUGAUAUCGAGGGCACCAAGCACAUCCUUGGCCAUAAUCAAAUGCAAAUUGAGCGUACAGUAGAGGAUGUCAUACCAGGAGAUGUUCACAACACAGUGAAAGUGUUCAUGUCAGAGCCAGCCAUUUCUCUAGAAAGAAUCCAAAGGGAGGAGAUUGUCAAGGGGGAUUUAAGGGCUGCUUUGACAUCACUGUCAGAAUCAGCGAAUCAGUCGGUCAUUGUGGAGAAAGAAGAGGUGGUGAAAGGUAACAUCCCAAAAGCUCUGCGGUGUUUAGAGAGGGCUCAGAGACGUCAGAAAGAAGUGGAGAAACCAGACAUUGUACCAGGAAACAUUAGAGGCGCCCUGAGAUCUCUUGAGAAAUCAGCAUCAUCCAGAGUUGAAGCAGUUGUUGAGGAUUUAGUUCCUGGCGAUGUGAAGGCCACACUCAAGUCUUUGGAACUGGCAAAGCAAACGGUGAGGGAAAUAGAAAGGGAAGAAAUUGUUAGGGGGGAUAUUCAAAUAGCAAAGCAAAAUCUGCAGGAUGCCUCCAGUGAGAAAAGGAAAUGUCAACAGGAGAUUGAUGUUCAGGGAGACGUCAGAGGGACGAUUCAGCUUUUCAUGGAGCCACCCUCUUCACCAAGGAUGCAGAGGAGCUCCAGCUUUGAAGGUGAUGUAAAGGGUGACAUCAAAAUGUCCAUUAAGUCUCUGUAUGAGUCACAGGAGCAAAUGCAACUGGAGAAAGAAGAGGUGAUCAAAGGUGACGUUAAAGGGACUAUUAAAUCGCUGCUGGAAACAGCACAGCGUGAAACCCCUAAAGUCAGGCAUGGAGCUUACAGAAGAGUCAAAGUGAAGCAGAGCCCUCCAGUGAAAAACCUCAACACCGAUGCACAAAGGAACGUACAAAAGAUCAAAACAGCCAAACAACUUGAGGUAUCUACUGAGAAGCAUUCUAAUGAAGCUGAAACUGUUACAGUAAAGUCAUGCACUGUGGAGAAGUCAUCCCAGAAAUCAAGUGUGGUAGAACAUAAGACUAUUACCCAAAACCACGGCAUCAAAACCGUCAAAACGGAAUUUCGUAAUCUGAAAUCGAACCCGAAGGGGAUGAUAAAACUGGGCAAAACCAAGGUGAGCACCGAUGUUUUCAUGUUAAAGCCAGAAACACCAGAGCCUGAUCUACCCCUCCCGCCGCCUCCACCCCUGAUGGACAGCGACCUACUCCCGCCUCCUCCCAGCCCUCUUCCUCCUUCACCUGAAACUGACAUUGAUCACCUACCUCCUCCUCCUCCUCCUCCCCCGCUGGCAGCUGAGCAGGACUUCCUCCCACCUCCUCCAUCUCAACAAGAGCUGGAUAACAUGCCGGCCAUUCAUCCUUCACCAACGCAAGCAAAGAGGAUGACAGUUAAAAAGGUGAAAGCUCCUGCUUUACAUCCAGUUCCAAAGCUGGAGCCCAAAGUGGAAUUCAGCAAAACACAAGAGAUGAAGGCAACAUCUGCAAAAAGUGUUGAAAUACAACAAGAACAAUUCAAAACCACCACGCAUGUGUCAAAAACGGUUUCCUGUGAAAUGCCUCCACCACCAGAGUCGCCGCGACCUUUCAAGAAAGUUUACGUUUCUCCCGUGAAAUUCACUCCGCCUCCUUCUCCACCUCCUUUCAUGAGAGGGAAAAUGAGUAAAUUUAACACACCAUUAAUGAAGGCAGAAGAAAAGUUUCGGAAGCUAAAAGAGGACAGCACACCUCCCAGCACUCCUCCUCCCACUUUCAUCCAUGACUCUGUGAGUGCUGCUCUUGAAAUGCUUUCCACUAAAGAGCAGUCAAAUUACGAGGGCUCAGAAAUCAUGCUGGAGAGAGGUGAAUCAUUUGAUUUAUCCAAGCAGGUCGUAGCCUCCAAUACCACACAGAGCAAAGCCAGCACUCAACAUGGCCAAACAAUUGUGGAUUCUACUAUUAAAACCUCUGCUAAACAACAUACUGUAUCCAGUGAAACUUCUAAAGUUGUCUCCAUUCAGAAGACCUCGUCUGUGUCCGCUGUGAGACAGCACACACAAACCAGCACGCAGAAAACUGUUUCUGUUUCCUCCACACAGUCUGCUCAGUCUGUCGCGUCUGACAGAGUCCAGGCCUCAAUCACUGAUGCCACAAAAAGCGAAAACACGACUGUACAAGCAAAGAAAGACUCCAAAAGUCAUAAAGCUAUAAGCUCCAACAAAUCUGAAGACAAAAUAGAGAAUCAAACUUCUGCUCAAAAGGUUAAGCCAGAAUCAGAGAUAAUUCAAUUAUCUCAUGACCUUUCUGGGAAAGAAAAUGCCACCUCAGGUAAAAAUGAGGAAUCCAAAUCACCACAUUAUAAUAAUAAGAAGAAAAAUGAUGAUUCUCCUUCCGAAAGCCAUGAAAAUGUUUCCAAUCAGCCAGUGCAAACAGAGAAGGCUGCAGCCAAUGCAAAUGGAAAAUCAGGCAAACAAAACCAAAAGGUGAAAAAGAACAAUAAACAAGAAAAGCAAGGGGAGGUAAAAAUGCCCUGUGAGAGUGGCAAGCUGAGUGUUUCACAGGUUUUGAAAGAGGAGGUGAAAGAAACAGCAGAGUUAAAGCAGAGAAUAAUGAAAGUCAUUCUGUCUCCUCCUCCUGCUCCUGCUGCUCAGAUUGCUGCACCUGUAAGUAACACCAGCAACCAGCCAGAGACUCCAGCCCCCACAAAAAAGAAAAAGAAAUCGAAAAAGGCGAGGGGGGCUGCACAGUCAGGUCAAGGGAAAGAUGCCGUCUCAGAGUCAAAGACAGAAACGACGGAGAAGAAAACUCAUCAGGCUCAGGAAACAAGCACAUUUACCAAAAUUCACAAAAGCGUAAAAGAGGAGCACGUUCAGAUCAAGAGAGAAGUUAUCACAGCGGACAGCAUGGACACUCAGAAGAAUGUGAAGAAACUGGCAGACAACGCAAAGGAGAAGCAUGAACCGGAGCCAGGCAUGGCUGCUUCUGGUCCUUCACCAGCAAUAACCAGGAUCAGCAUCGGCUCGGACAAAACUGAAAACCAAACCCAAAAAGAUCCUGAAGGCGGAAGAGAAGAGGUCAGUCUGCCCAAGUCUGUCGACCUUCGAGCUCCCUCGCCGUCCCUCAGGAUGCGCUCACCGUCGCCGACAUUUAUCACCAUCGAGUCCACACGGCGAACCGACUCUCCCCAGAGAGUUACUCCGUCUCCUACCCUGUUGUACAGGCCCCCCACGCCUCCGACCCCGCCUCCACGCAGGUGCGACACGCCGACGUCCCGCCUCACCAGAAUCACGCCCUCUCCAACUUUUGACAGGGCGGAAAAUCUGGCCCGGCUGAAAGACACCACAGCCAAACUCUCACGUGGCGUCACCCCACCCCCGCUGUUCAGCAGUCAGAUCCAGGAGAAGAAGUCGGAGAUUGUGGAAUCGCCUGCAUCGUUCCAUCGACAAAUCAAAGUUGAUUCGGAGGUUGUGGAGGCCUCGGGGACACUGAGCCAUCAGCAACCGGCCCAAAGUGAUGAGAAUCUUGUCGAAUCUUUCGACGAUCCCGAACCAUCUUCUGCUUCUGUUAAAGAAAAAAGAGAGUUCUUUGAAGAGGCUCGAAAAGCUGAAAUGAACAAGAUCUAUGUGCGUAAGGAACCCAUCAGUAUCCCUGAACGACUGGGCCCAGAGGCAGAGGACUCCGAGGCAGAAAACAAGAAAAAAGAAUGCCAAGAGCUUCCCACGGCAGACUUGCCCAGCCUAUUAAACAAAUUUGAUUCUUCGGAAGAGACGCCGUAUGGCUUUCACAAUGACAACGAAAGCACAGGGUGUGACAAAGAGACAGAGGACACCCUCCAACAGGAAAUGUCUGCUUUUGACAUCCACGCUGUUAAAAAUGCUUUUGAGCUGGGUGAGAAAAGUCCUUCCCUAAAAGAGGAGAAUAAGGAUCAGGAAGAGUUCAUGCCAAGCCUGAGUGAAACAACGGCGGACACUUCAAAGCGAGAGAAGCCCCAAGAGGCAAAGGGAGGCUCCAGGCAGAGCACCCCGCUCCCUCCAAAACAAAGCGAGGCUAAUAGUGUCCAAGCACAACCAUCAGGCUUCUCUGAAACCGAAUCAAUCACAGAACAUUUCUCAAAUGUUGAUGAAUUUGGUAACGAGGUCACGGGGAAAGUGACUUCCGUCACCAAGCGCUCUGAGAGUACGUCCACCCAGCAGGUUCCCUUCUCCUACGCCGAUGCAGUGAAGAGGAAAGCUGCGAGGCGAACAGAAAGCUAUGACGAAGACGCCACAGAUAAGCUGCUGAAGAAUUUCCAUAAAACGUGGACAGAGAGCGAGGCAGUUUUCAAGAACCUUGGCUACACUGUUUGCGAGGAGACGACGUCACAAGCCAUGACACAUCACACGAAGAUUGUUUCAUCGGGUUCGAGUCCCGAAGUCCGAGCUCUGUAUGGUAUGUCGGAGGAGAGCUUAUCCGAUGGAUGCUCUGAUAGUGGACAAAAAAAAGUACCAUAAAUCCUGUUUCCGCUGCGAGCACUGCAGAAAUAAAUUAAGCUUGGGAAAUUAUGUCUCUCUCCAUGGACAUUUUUACUGCCUACACCAUUAUAAACAACUCCUCAAGUCCAAAGGGAAUUACGGAGAUGGACUUGGGCAGAAACCUCCAGCUGGAAGUGGUGGACCUGUGCCCUUAGAUGAAAAACUUGAAUGGAGAUAUUCCAUGAGCAGCAUUAAUUCAGUAGAAAAAAUCCACAGAGGUGAACAUGAAAUGACAAAAAAACUUGAUGAAAGUAAACAACAAAGCAACAAAAUCUCUGUAGUUUGGCCCCCACAGGCCGAUCCCCCAAAGAAAGUCUUUCAAAUAGAGGAAGAUAUUCAGUUAACUAAACCACAGUGGCCUCCUCCAGAUAACUCCCCAACAUCUCCCAAACUGCAGCACAGAAAGGCUGUACCCAGAAGCGUCCUUUGAAAUCAAAUCUCCCAUGUGCAGAGUUUAGUCAAAUACAUUCAAAGACGGAGUACAAAAGGCCCAAUGUAUCAUAAGACUUUGGAAAAGAACGGUUCGGUUGGUUCAAUGAAGAAAGUGUUUGAUUGAAGGUCAUGUGCUCGAGUGAUCUAAAAGUGAAAGACAACAGGUUAGAGAGUGAAAGGAAACUGUAUAUGCUUGAGAAAGAUUUGGGAAAGCAAGUCAUGAAAGAAAGAGCAAGAAACGUAGACGUGAAAUUGUAGAAAGUGGAAACAGACCUGAAGCAGUGUGUCAGGACCUUUUCCAAAGUGUAAUUUUCCAUUCACUGCAGAUGGUCUUCAUCUUGGUUUUUCCUGAUGAUUAGAAGUCAGGCUGAUGUACCUGUUAGCAUUUUUCUUAUAAACCUGUUUUUAGCAAGUGAGUCCUCAUUGUGACCCAUCAUUACCAGAAACAGGUUUAUGACAAAUUUUGGGAUUUUUGAAAAAAUAACAAGUACAAGAUCCAGUCAUAGCGUAAUUUGCCUUUAACUCAACUGGAAGUCCAAUCUCUGUAGGUUCUAUACACUGAAACCACAAAGCAAAGCAUUCGUCCAUGAUGUCAUAUAUGAUCCCCUUUCAUGUUCAUUCUGAAGUUAAUUGGUUUAUCAAAGUCUCCACUUUUAUAAUAAUCAAUGCUGGUUCAAUAAAACUGUCACAGUCUGUUGUCUCUACGUUUGUAAUAUUUUGUCAGGAUUAUCUUGCAACUUUACAUUUUUUAAUUUUCCUUUUCUUUGCACCUGGUGUGCAGACUACUCAAACCAUCUUGGAAUCCUGUUAUUUAUUAUAUUGAAAGUAAAUAAUAUAAACAAGUGAAUUGGUAAUUACCAUGUUUGUUGUAGACAUUUGUAUCCUAUUGUGAACAACAAAUAUUUUGCAAUGAAGAAUUUUAUUUUUUAGAUUUGAUUUGACAUUGAACCUUGUAUUGUAGAAGAACAUUUCUGAUUAUGUCACGCUGUCAGGCUGGUUCACUUACUAUAUGGCAGAUUUAAGGGCAAUAAAAUGAUCAAUUUCAUUGGG